CCCGUUCUCUCUCUCUCCCCCUCCCUGGCCUCUCUCCCGAGUCCCGACAAAGACCAAGACUCCGCUCCGCCAUGCCCCACACCUCCACCAAGCCCUCCCCCUCACUCCAUCGCACCGCCGGCGCCGGCAAACCCUUCUCCUUCUCCGCAAACGGCUCCGGCCACGCCCUCCCGGACUUCGCCUCCCGGUACCACGACCACUCCGUGGGGGCUCACCAGUGCAGCUCCACGCUGGUCCAGCGCGUCGCCGCGCCGGUGGCCUGCGUCUGGUCGGUCGUCCGCCGCUUCGACCGCCCGCAGGUCUACAAGCACUUCGUGAAGAGCUGCCGCGUGAUCGACGGCGACGGCGCCGUGGGCACGCUGCGGGAGGUGCGCCUCGUCUCCGGGCUCCCCGCCGCCACCAGCCGCGAGCGGCUGGAAAUCCUCGACGACGAGCGGCACGUGCUCAGCUUCCGGGUAGUCGGCGGCGAGCACCGCCUCGCCAACUACCGCUCCGUGACCACGCUCCACCCGGCCGAAGGCGACGGCCAGAACCCGGGCACGGUGGUGGUGGAGUCCUACGUCGUGGACGUGCCGCAGGGGAACACCACCGACGACACGCGCGCCUUCGUCGACACCAUCGUCCGCUGUAACCUCCAGUCGCUGGCCCGCACCGCCGAGAACAGCCUCAAAUUAUGCCGGAAGAAUUGACUCAAGCAACCUCAUCAAUUCAAAUCAAAGCUAAUUAAUUAAAUUGCUCUAAUCUCCCCAUUAUCGUUGUUCCUAUUAAUUCUCUUCUACCUUUCUUCUCUUUAAUUAAUACCUUUGCGAAUGACGACAAGCUUAAUUAGUUGAGUUCGUUCAUAUGUACUCGAUCAAACUAGCUACCCCUCGAUAAAUGAUGUGCAAACGAUAAACUCAUA